AUGUUGCCCAGGACGCGGCCCGCGACAUCUCCAGAAUUCAGCAAACUGGGCCGGCGCAUGAUCACUCAGCAGAAACUCCUGGUGACUGCUGGGAUGAUCGCGGCGAACUUCAUGCUCAUCUUUGCCACUUGGUGGUGGCCAGCGUAUUACUACGUUUACCUCCCCUUCAUCACCCUCACCGUGGCACUCAACUGCAUCAUGGUCGCGUCGGUCAUCUUCUUCAGCAUCAAGCACCGCAUCUUUCCGGAGAAGGUCAUCAUGCCCACCGCGCCCGAGUCCCUCGUUCUCCUCCUGCCUUGCUACAACGAGAACUUCGAAGAGUGCACCAAAUCGCUCGACUCGCUCGUGGCGCAGAAGCAGCUGGAAAGCAACAAGACGGCCAUCAUGAUCAUCUGCGACGGGCGGGUGCGCGGAGCGGGCAUGGAGAAGACGACGGCGCAGUACCUGCUCGAGGACAUCCUGGUGGACAGGACGGAGCGCAAGGUGAUCAAGCAGGCGUACACGGCGUGGGACCAGCAGCCGAUGGACGUGACGGUGCAGAAGGGCGACUACAAGGGCACGCCGUACUUCUGCAUCAUCAAGCACCAGAACCAGGGCAAGCGCGACGGGCUGAUCGCGCUGCGCUCGUUCCUGCACAAGUUCAACACGCGGGCGGAGAAGCCGCAGAUGCUGUUCCGGCCCGAGUUCUUCGGCGAGAUGGCCAUGUGGCUGCACGAGGAGGCCGGCUUCGACCGCGUCUCGUAUCUCGUCGGCAUGGACGCCGACACGGUGUUUGCCGACGACUGCAUCGCGGAGCUGCUGAAGCAGAGCCGGUAUCCCGACACGGUGGGCGUGUGCGGGUACGUGGCCGUCGACUUCAAGACGCGCAACUGGAACCCGUGGAGCCUGUACCAGUCGGCCGAGUACACCAUCUCGCAGGGGCUGCGGCGGCUGCACCAGUCCAUCGUGACCAACAAGGUGUCGUGCCUGCCGGGGUGCUGCCAGCUGCUGAAGAUCUGCGAGGAGACGUGCGGCGACAGGGUGCUGGUCGAGCUGUUUGGCUACUGCCCGACGCCGGCCGACAACAUCAUCAAGCAGAUCCGCGCCACGGCGUCCGAGGACCGCAACCACGUCUGCCUGAUGCUGUCGGCCAUGCCGCACAGCAAGACGCGCCAGGCGCUGCGGGCGCGCGCCAUGACCGACGUGCCGCAGUCGUGGUCCGUCUUCCUCUCGCAGCGCCGCCGCUGGACCCUGGGCGCCACCGGCAACGACCUGUUCCUGUUCAAGGCCCCCGGCGUGCACUGGUGGGAGCGCAUCCUCGCCUUCGCCAACUGCAUGACCUGGGCCCUCAACCUCUUCAUCUUCGCCAGCCUGGCCAGCCUGAUCAACUCCAUCCUGUUCGUCCCAUGGUGGAUCAUCCUCGCCUUCGCCGCCGUCAUGAUCACGCCGCUGACCUACUACCUCUGCAUCGCCAUCUGGCUGCCCCGCACCGCCCUCGAACGCACCCAGUACCUCGCCGGCUGCGCCCUCUACGUCCUCUGCGGGCCCUUCAUCAACAUCGCCGUCCUCCUCUACGCCGUCUGGAACAUGGACUCCUUCGGCUGGGGCAAGACCCGCAAAGUCGUCUCCACCGACUCCGACUCCGACCCGGACCCUCUCCCCGUCCCGCUCCCCCUCCACCAACCCACCGACAUCGAAGCCCCACCCCCCACCACCUCCCGCGUCCCCCACCCCGCCUCCUCCCUCCCCCCGCACAUCGUCGCCCUCGUCGGCAGCGGCCUCAUUCACGACGACAACCUCAACCUCGCCACCUCCUUCGGCCGCACCCACCGCACCCUCGUAUACAUCCCACACGACCCCGAAUCCCUCGCCCGCGCCCGCUCCCUACAUGCCCCCCAUCCCGACCGCACCAUCGAAGUCACAUCCGACCCCACCCGCCUGCGCAUCGCCCACAUCUUCAUAGCGCACACAGACGACGCGGCCGCGAUAGACGCGGUCCUCGCGCACGCGGCGGCAGGAAGCGUCGUUGUAGUCUUGGAUCGGCUGAGCGAGGCGGAGGCGGAGUCGGAGCCAGGGGCGGAGCGCGAGCAGCGCGAGCAGCGGAAUGUCGAUGCCUUGCUGGCGCGGUGCGAGGGCGCGGGGGUGGUGCUCGGGUUGGCGGCGAGGGAGAGGCCGUGGGAGGUUGUUGUUGCUGCCGGGGGGGAGGGGGAAGGGAAGGGAGCGGCGGCGGUGGGGAGGGUGAGGGAGGUGUGGGGGAGGGUGGGGUGGGCUGGGGCGCUGGGGGGAGAGGCGGUGGUGAGGGUUGCUGGUGGUAGUGAGGGGGAGGGAAGGAGGGCGAGGGGGGAGGGGAGGAGGGGAGAGGGGAGUGGUGUUGGGGCGGAGGCGAAGGAGAUGAUGGGUGCGGCGAGGGUGCAGGAGGAGGUGAGGACGGUGGGGGCGGUGUGA